UCGGCCAUCUUGAAAAAUGUGGCCGAAGAAUUCAUCUGUAGACGGAUUAAGCGCUUGGCUUUUCCCGACCAUAUUUCUGUCUAUUCUACAAUGCGUGAAUGCAAAGUCGAGUGCAGAAGAAUGUCGUUCACUUGGCUUUACUCCCAAUCUUUUAUGUAGUUCGUGUGACGAGCUGUCUCAGUUUAAACUUGACCUUCUUAGAGAAAGCUGUGGUAGUUGUUGUCAUGCUGAUCAGAACGAAACGAUCGUUGAAAAGUAUGCGAGAGCUGUUCUCGAAGUUUGCAACUGAAAAAUAGGAAGGUUCCCACAAAUCCAAGCAUUUGUGCGGGGCGAGAAACGACAUCAAUUUCCAAAUUUUGAUAUUAAGUAUCUUCGUGGGAAGGAUCCUGUUUUAAAGUUAUACAACGAACAUGGAGAGAUGAAAGAAGAGCUAAGUAUUGACAAGUGGAAUACGGAUAGUGUGGAAGAAUUUUUAAAAGAAAAAUUGAAAUAGAUGAUAUAGACUUCAAUUUAAUGAAGUUAUAUUUACAUGUGCAACUCUACGUCAUUGUAUGUAUGAUAACAUAGUAUAAAACCAUUGCUUAUUUGGAUUAUUAUGUUGGAUGGUAGUUUGACAUGGAAUUGUAAUGCAUUUAUUUUAUAAUAAACUUCAUCAAUCUAA